AUGUAAGAAUUUUUUUCAUUAAGUGAGGAGGUUUUUAUGAUUAAAAUGGAUCAAAACAUGGAAAAUGGGUUGAAUUAGAUGAAAUUUCUUAUAGUAAAACUAAUAAAGUCUUAUAUUUUAGCAGAGAUACUAUAACUUGUGUAGGAAAUUAUCAUCAUGGAGUUAGGAGGGGAGAAAGGAAAACUUUAUUUUUGAUAAAUUUAUGUAAGAUUUUUGAUAAAUAAGAAAAGAGUGGAUUAGGAAAUAUUAAUCUUUGUGGAAUAAAAACAGGAUUUUCAGAUUAGGAAAAACUUUAAUUUGUAAUUUAAAAAUAGAUUUUAUAUAUAAUUAAGCAAUUGAAAUUGGCAUUUAUGAAAAAUGUAUAAAAGUUGGAUUAUGGUAAACUCGAUUAAUUAUGGAUGAUAUUAUUAUGUAAAUAAGGCUUAAAAUUAUUAAGCUGUAAGGGUAAUAUCAUUAAAAUGGAGUGAAAGAAGGUUAUUGGAUAGAUAUAGAUGAUAUAAUUAUUUAAACUAAUUUAGUUUGUAUUAAGGAUGUUAUAGGAAUGGAAGGAAAAUUGGUAAAUGGAAAAUUUAAUUUAGAAUUAAGAAUGAUCAUAUCUUUCAUAAAAAAAUGUAAUUUAAAUUUAGAUAUUUAAUGGAGGACAUAGAGUUGAUUGAAAGCUUUUCAUAGUAAAAAUUUAUUACAAUUUUGAAGAAACCGCUAAGUAUAGUUCUCAGGAGAAUACUAAAAAAGGAAAGAAAUAAGGAAAUGGGACAUUCUUUUCAAAAGAUUUGAUGAUGCAUAAAAAGAGUAAUUAAAACUAAUUUAAAAUAUAAAUUGAAAUUUAGUAGAGGAUGUUGCUAUCAUAAAAAUGGAAGUAAGUAAUGUCAGUAGAUAGAUUUAUGA